UAUCAUAUACGGCUUCCGAAAAACUUGCCAUUAUUGAUGAAGCCAAAAAAAUUGGCAUCUUAGCUGCAGAACGUCAUUUUGAUAUUGAUCAGUCAAUGGUAUCACAGUGGAUAUCUAAUGAAAAAAAGCUUGCUAAUGUCAUACCAAAAAACAGAUAUGUUAAUGCUGGGAGAUUCUUGACGUAUCCUGUUAUUGAAGAAGAACUUGUUACAUGGAUAAAAGAACUUCAUCUGGUUGGAAUUACU